UUGCUUUUGUAUGGACUUGCGGAUCAAGGUGGCGCAAGCCGUCCACGUGCUCAACCACGACGCCCAGUCCUGCAACCGCGUCGCCGCCAACCAAUGGCUGGUCCAGUUCCAGCACACCGACGCCGUCUGGGAGGUCGCCACCUCCCUCCUCGCCUCCCCCGACCACCUCCGCUCCUCCGAUCUCGAGGUCGAGUUCUUCGCCGCUCAGAUCCUCAAGCGCAAGAUCCAAAAUGAAGGGCACUGUUUGCAGUUAGGGGCUAAAGAAGCCUUGCUUAACGCGCUUCUUGUGGCUGCAAAAAGAUUUAGUUCUGGUCCCCCUCAGCUUUUGACACAAAUCUGCCUUGCGCUCUCAGCACUCAUAGUUCAUGCUGGUGAGCAUGAGAAACCAAUUGAACAGCUCUUUUAUAGUCUCCGGAAUCUGCAGAGCCAGGAUGGUGGCAAUUUGGCUGUACUAGAAAUGCUUACUGUUCUGCCUGAAGAAGUAGUUGACAAACAGAACGCUGAUUGCAGAUUAAGUGCUGCUUGUAGAAGCCAGCAUGGCCAAGAGCUUCUUGCACAGACUCCUAUGGUUCUCGAGUUUCUGCUGCAGCAGUCUGAAAAAGGUUUUGAUGGCGUUAUGCAACUCCCAGAACAAAAUAGAAAAAUCUUACGAUGUUUAUUGAGCUGGGUUCGAGCUGGGUGCUUUUCUGAGAUUCCACAGGGGUCACUGUCUGCACAUCCUCUUCUUAAUGUUGUAUUUAAUUCUUUGCAGGUCUCAUCUUCAUUUGACUCAGCAAUUGAAGUUCUUACUGAACUUAUAACUCGACAUGAGGGGCUACCCCCAGUUUUAUUAUCUAGGAUACGUUUUCUUAACGAAAUGCUUCUUCUACCGGCUCUUACCAAUGGAGAUGAGAAAGUAAUUGCUGGUCUUGCGCGCUUACUUUCAGAAAUUGGACAAGCAGCCCCUGCUUUGAUUGCAGAAGCAAGUGCCGAAGCACUUGCAUUAGCAGAGGCGCUGUUGAGCUGUGUCAAAUUUCCAAGCGAGGAUUGGGAGAUUGCAGACUCAACUUUGCAAUUUUGGUCUACCCUUGCAAGUUUUAUGCUUGGCCUUGAUGUGGACAUUGCAAACAUUAGGAAGCACUUUGAAGAUGUUUUUAUUUCUAUAUUCUCGGCAUUGCUUGAUGCUCUUUUAUUGCGUGCUCAGGUUGACGAAUCUACAUUCAAUGAUGAUAGUGGAGUGGUUGAUCUACCUGAUGGCCUUGUCCAAUUCAGGAUGAAUCUUGUUGAACUGUUGGUGGAUAUUUGUCAGCUUUUAGGAUCUGCUACGUUCAUGCAAAAGAUCUUUUGCGGUGGUUGGAUGCCAGUGAAUGUACCACCACCAUGGAAGGAGGUGGAAGCCAAAUUAUUCGCUCUUAAUGUGGUUUCUGAAGUUGUCCUUCAAGAAGGCCAAAGCCCAGACUUCUCUGCAAUUAUGCAGCUAGUGAUAGCAUUAUCAGCCAGGCCUUCUGCUGAGCUGAAGGGCUUUAUGUGCCUUGUUUAUAGAGCACUUGCGGACAUUAUUGGUUCCUAUUCCAAGUGGUUCUCUGCUUUCCAAUCAAAUGCAAGGCCCUUAUUAUUAUUUCUUGCAACAGGCAUAUCAGAACUUCCAUCAUCCAAUUCUUGUGCUUCCGCCCUUCGUAAAUUUUGUGAAGAUGCUUCUGCAGUACUUUAUGAACCAUCCAAUUUGGAAAUUUUGGUGUGGAUUGGAGAGGGUUUGGAGAAGAGACAUCUGCCUUUGGAAGAUGAGGAGGAGGUUGUAAGUGCAAUUAGUUUAGUUCUCAGCUCACUACCUAACAGAGAGUUGAAGAAUAAUCUGUUGACUAGAUUGCUCUCUGCUAGUUAUGAUGCCAUUAGUAAACUUAUUAGUGAAAACGGCAGCCAUGCUCUGAGACCAAAUCCAGCAACUUAUGCACAAACUUUGUCCUCUGCCACCAGAGGGUUGUACAGGAUGGGAACUGUGUUCAGUUAUCUUUCAACGCCUCAUCCAAGUGGACCUGCCGAUGAUGAUCCAAUACUCGCCCUACUAAGGGUGUUUUGGCCUAUUUUGGAGAAAUUAUUUAGGUCUCAACACAUGGAGAAUGGUAACUUGUCCACUGCAGCUUGCCGAGCUCUCUCACAGGCGAUUCAGUCCUCAGGGCAGCAUUUCUUGACUCUAUUACCCAGCAUACUAGACUGCCUUUCAGCCAAUUUUUCAAUGUUCCAAGAUCGAGAAUGCUUCAUAAGAACAGCUUCUAUUGUCAUUGAGGAAUUUGGCCAAAAGGAAGAGUAUGGACCUCUAUUUGUCACCACUUUUGAAAGAUUUACUCAGGCAGCAUCAGUGAUGUCGCUGAACUCAUCCUACGUAUGUGACCAAGAACCCGAUUUAGUGGAGGCCUACAUGAACUUUGCAUCAACAUUUAUUCGAGGACUACAUAAGGAUGUACUGGCUGUGUCUGCUUCGUCUCUUCAAGUUUCCUUCCAAAAGGCAGCAAUAUGCUCCACAGCUAUGCAUCGUGGUGCAGCUCUGGCUGCAAUGUCAUAUCUAUCUUGUUUCCUGGAGGCAGCUUUGACCUCUUUAACAGAAACAAUAGCUUGUGUGCCCGAGGAGCCCUUUAAUGCCAUGGUCAUUCAUGUUGCAUGUCAUUGUGGUGAGGGACUUGUAUCAAACCUUUUCUACGCUCUGCUUGGUGUUUCUGCAAUGUCAAGGGUUCACAAGUGCGCCGCAAUCUUGCAACAGGUGGCUGCAAUUUGCAGCUUUAGCGAAAGGACAUCCUGGAAGGCGAUUCUCAGUUGGGACUCUUUGCAUUCAUGGCUCCAAGCUGCGGUACAAGGUCUUCCAGUAGAGUAUCUGACACUGGGUGAGUCAGAAAAUCUGGUCCCGCUUUGGUUAAAGGCACUUGCUGGCGCAGCGUCUGAGUGUCUUGACAGUUGGAGCUCGGAUGGGGUUAAGAGUAACUGUGGGCAUAUGCAAGGAAAGGGAGGGAGAGUCUUAAAACGUUUGGUACGAGAAUUCGCCGACAAUCACCGUAACAUUCCAAAUUUGACAUGAUUGCUCACAUGCCAAUUGAACAUCGAGCGCAACCUACCCAGCCCCUCAAGCUUUAAGGCUUCUGCUGCCUUCCGUCGCUGAUGCAGCAUGGACACUGUUCUGUAAAUUGACGGAUUUUAGUGAAGCGUGGUCCAGUGGUCAUUUCCGGGAGGUUCAUUAUUUAAGCGAUUCCCCUGUUUUCUAUCGAUUCUUCAGCAGAUCAUUCCCAAAAAGCUAUAUUUGUACAGCAGAAUAGCGCUGUCUUUCGGGUCUCGAAGAGCAAACAGAGGAUAAUCUUCUUGUUUGUAAUUUUGGUUUUCUUUUGGCAAAGGGUAGGAGCCAGGGUUACACAAUUGUCACCGUUCGAGCAUAUUUUAGUCUUCAAAUGUAAAUUUGGAAUGGCUAAUGGUCUCAGAUGAAAUUUUGUUAUGUAUAGUCCGAUUAUUCACAGAA